UUCCCAGUCUGUGCCUAACUUCAUGAGUCAUAAAAGAAGUAAUACUUACAUGAGUUGUAUUAAGGGAAAAAUUAGAAAAGGGUCUGCAUGCUUCUUAGCGUGCUGAGCUGAAUCAGGUAGAGAUUUUGGGGGUUUCUACAAAUUUCUCUGUUUCUUGGGGAUGAUCGAAUGGAAAGAAGAUUGAAGUUUCUGAUAUUCUUAUAUUGGUAUCAUGGCUCCUUUCAUGAGCUGUUUUUGCUUCAAGAGUUCCCAAGUUCAUAGACAGAGAAUUGGAUAUGAGAAGCCUACUAUCCUUGCUUCAGAAACUGCUUUUACCGUAAAUGAAGUUGAAGCUUUGUACGAUCUGUUUAAGAAAAUAAGCAAUUCCAUUAUUAAAGAUGGUCUUCUACACAAGGAAGAAUUCCAACUUGCACUAUUUCAAAGCAGCAGCAAGCAGAAUCUUUUUGCUGACAGGGUAUUUGAUUUGUUUGAUGUCAAGCGUAAUGGGGUGAUUGGAUUUGGAGAAUUUGUCAGAUCAUUGAGCAUUUUCCACCCAAAUGCUUCUGAAGCAGACAAAAUUUCAUUUGCAUUUAGAUUGUACGAUCUACGACAGACUGGCUAUAUUGAGCGUAAUGAGGUAAAGAAGAUGGUGUUAGCCCUAUUGAGUGAAUCAGAUCUGGCACUUACCGAUGAUGUUAUUGAAACAAUAGUUGACAAGACAAUGAUGGAGGCAGAUUUAAAAGGAGAUGGAAAAAUUGAUCAACAAGAAUGGAAUGAAUAUGUGGCAAAGCAUCCAUCUGUUAUAAAGAAUAUGACUCUUCCAUAUCUAAUGGAUAUAACAAUAGCAUUUCCCAGCUUUGUGCUCAACACUGAAGUUCAAGAUUAGAUACAACGGUUGUGGUAAAGAUCACACACAAUGGCUAAGCGUUUUUCUCAAUACUUGGAUGUCUAAACACAUGUAGUAACGAUGAUCCAUGUUUAGAGCACAAUGAGGUGGAAGGAACCUGCAGAAAGAGAAGUUUAUACCGUAGCAUAGCCUGUAUGUUUUAUACUCUAUGUUUUGAUCGAAAGAGUUUUUGUAAUCUAAUUGUAUGAUUUACUAUACAUGUUAAUUUAGGUUGAAAAUUGGUUUCCCAAACUCUAGUGAAAUGUCCAUUGCUUUUUGUACUUUUCAUUUUCAAUAAUUCAUCCAUCCACAUUGUUAUAGAUGACAAGAUUAAAACCAUAAGAUCA